AUGGCGCAAGAUCCGCCUGCAGAUACCGCAGGCCCAUCGUCUCCUCCGCCUCAGCUUCCUGAAGGAUGGCUUCCACAGUGGGAAGGAGUCCAACGCAAGUGGUACUACGUGCAACGAACGACUGGCAAGUCGCAGUGGGAUAUUCCAACCGAGCCAGUCGUACUGACGCCGUCGACAACACCCACAUCUAUCGGCACUGGUCCUUCGCAGGCACCUUCCUCGAGACCAUCAACAACGGGCCCGCAAGUUGGGCAGGAAAACACACUGGUUGGGCGGAUGGGCUCUCUGGCGGACGGCGCGAGAAUUUCCAGCUCUCUGGAUGCCCAGCUUAAUGCGCAAUCUCAAAAUCCCCCGCAUGGGUCCUCGGAGAUGGGAUGGUUUUCCAACCAACCCGGCCAGCACUAUCUACAUCAGCAUGGUCAACGCUUCAUACCUGGUAACGGCGGGUAUAGCUCGGAAUCACAGCAGCGGAGUUAUUCUCAGAACAUGGGGAUGGGUCCAACAGGGGCUCAUUCCUUUCACCCCCAACAAGUCAUGGGUCAACAGGCUUUCGGACAGCCAUACCCUGGGACACACUGGGUCGGCAACGGAGAUGGCUCUCAGGGUCGAUCAGGAUUCUUUAACCAAGGCCAUGCCAACUCCACAUACCAAGGUCAUGCCUUGGAACAAAUUCAAUUGCCCCAGCAGGUGGGGGCACACGGUACCCAGGCAGGCCAUUUGCAUAACCUCAGACCUGAACACCGCCCGCCUGAACCUCAAUGGCAGAUAACACAGCAAUCCGCUCUUUCGGACCCGGCGUCGCAGUGGAUGGGCUCUUCGAAUUCACCUCAGUUUUAUCCUAGUUCGCAAUAUACGUCAGAGGCGAUUGGAAACUCUUCAAGUAACAUGGCUCCACAAUCUUCGCAUUUCUCGGAUCCUUCAAUUUCAAAUAGCGAGCCCAGUGGCAGCCGAACAGGACAGGAACCGAUGCACGACUUGUUCAACACACAUUCCGGGGGACAAUUACAGUCGCCCAUGGGAUAUCCACCAGACGGAAGUCAUGCCCAACAAGAUGCAUCUCUUUAUCGAAAAGGCUUUUCAGAUCCAGCUACAGGGGCACAUUCCGCGCAGGCCUAUCAGUCGCAGCUUUCGAGUGCACACGGGCACUACCACAGUACUAGCAUGGCGCGAACACAAUCUGGGCCUGGCUUCGGCGCGCUCGGCUUUCCUGCUGCCCCCGAUACGCACGGCAAUGCCCACCAGUACCAGAACCCUCUUGUUCAGGUAGGCGCGCAACAAUACUUGCCUCAGCAGCAAACUGAUCACCCCGGCACCACACACCAAUACCAUCCUGGAUCCUCGACAGUCCAACAGGGCCAACACUCGGGCACUUCGACUUCCUCGCGGAUAGCAAGAUCAGAUCCUGUAUUCGUCAGUGGCCCUUGGGCAUCGUCGACUCCACCCACCUCCAGAGCGGGCCGGCCUUCUCAACAGAGCUGA